CUGCCAUUCCGCACCCUGCAGCUCUGGCGCUCUGCACACGGUGUCCCUGCCCAAGUACACUCCACCAAAGCUUUUGAACUGUGCUCUGCCACUGCCACUAGUCUCGUGCCGCCGCCUAAACCUUCUUCUCCUCGAUCUCUGAGCUGCAGCACGCUCCCGGGCGGCCAGAUGUGCACCACCACGCCCGAACCCUCGGCGCCAGCGGUGGCGGUGGCCGGCCACCACGUCUACGUGAUGCUGGCCCAGUGCGCGACCGGCGCCGCCCAUAGCCGACGCCAGCUCAAGUGCCAAGAGCGUGACGUGCUCAUGGCCGGCGGCGAGACUGUCCGCGAGGCGGCGGCGCUAUGCCGGCUGGCGUGCCCGAUCGCGCUGACGGCGCUGCUGCUCUACUCCCGCACCGCCUUGUCCAUGCUCUUCCUCGGCUCCCUGGGCGACCUCCCACUAGCGGCGGGUUCGCUGGCCGUGGCCUUCGCCAACAUCACCGGCUACUCCGUGCUCUCGGGGCUCUCCCUCGGCAUGGACCCGCUCUGCUCCCAGGCGUUCGGCGCCAAGCAGCCCCGGCUCCUGGGCCUCACCCUGUGCCGCUGUAUCCUCUUCCUGCUCUGCUGCUCGCUGCCGCUCUCCGCGCUCUGGCUCAACAUGUCCAGGAUCCUCGUCUUCCUCGGCCAGGACCGCGAGAUCACGGCCCUGGCGCAGCGGUACCUUUUGUUUUCCCUCCCAGACCUCUUCACAUUCUCCCUCAUCCACCCGCUCCGCGUCUACCUGCGCUCGCAAGGGAUCACGCAGCCGCUCACGCUCGCCGCGGCCGCGGCCGUGCUGUUCCACGUCAUGGCCAAUUACGCGCUGGUCGAGCGGCUCGGGCUCGGCGCCCGGGGCGUGGCCGCGGCGGCAUCGGCAUCCAACUUCGUGCUCCUCGGCGUCCUGCUCGCGUAUGUCACCCGGCGCGACACAGCGUUGCGGGAGGCAUGGAGUGGCUCCAAGUUAGAAUGGCUCUCCGGAUGGGGGCCGCUGGCGCGGCUGGCGGCGCCCAGCUGCGUGUCGGUGUGCUUAGAGUGGUGGUGGUACGAGGUGAUGAUCCUGCUGUGCGGGCUCCUGCCUGACCCGAAGCCGGCUGUGGCGUCCAUGGGCGUGCUCAUGCAGACCACGGCGCUGGUCUACGUCUUCCCUUCGUCCCUGGGGCUCGGCGUGUCCACGCGCGUGGGGAACGAGCUGGGCGCGAACCGGCCGGCGGGCGCACGCGCCGCGGCGCGCGUGGCCGUGGCCGGCGCCGCGGCCAUGGGGCUCGCGGCCAUGGCGUUCGCGGCGGGGAUGCGCCACGCCUGGGGCCGGCUGUUCACCGCCGACGCCGACAUCCUCCGCCUCACCGCGGCCGCGCUGCCCGUGGUCGGGCUGUGCGAGCUCGGCAACUGCCCGCAGACCGUGGGAUGCGGCGUGCUCAGGGGAAGCGCGCGCCCUUCGCGCGCCGCGCGCGUCAACCUCGGCGCCUUCUACCUGGUCGGGAUGCCCGUCGCCGUCGCGCUCGCCUUCGGCUUCGGCGUGGGCUUCGUCGGGCUCUGGGUGGGCCUCCUCGCGGCCCAGGUGUGCUGCGCCGGCCUCAUGCUCUGCGUCGUGGGGUCCACCGACUGGGAGGCGCAGGCCCGGCGGGCGCAGAUGCUGACGUCUUCUUCCUCGACGGACGUGGCGAUGUGUGACGCGGAGAAGGGUGGGGUCCAGGCGUCGGCGGCAGAGGGAGCCAGGCCUGAGAAAGGGGAGCACGAGGAGGAUGGGACCGGGGAGGGGAGGCGCUACGAGCCGUUGAUCUCGAACGAGGAGGCCGAGCCCGGCACGGGACAGUGGACGUGCUUUGAGAUUAGCGGGAACCACGAUGCCAUUCAGCCAUUGUAAUUGCAUUAUUACCUCUGAUUAGUAGCUACUGUACCAUAAUAGUGCCCCUAAGUACGCUGAUGCACAUGUUCGAUUAUUUUCUAAUUGUCGCUUGCUCUGUUCCCUUAUCCUUUUCGAGAGGCAAUGAUUAUACUUCCUUUGUCUUGUAUUAAA